UGGGAGGAAUAGGGAGCAAAGAUCCUAUAGCAGAGGGAGGGCCGGCCGGGGAAGUGAGUGAGUGAGAGAGAGAGAGAGAGAUGGGGACCGGACGGUCGCUGCUCUGGGCUCUGUUUCUCACCAGCACUCGCUGCCUAAUUCUGCAACAACCUCCAGCCACAGGUCACAUUAAAGUCCCACUCUUGGAGCACGUGUCUGUGUAUUUGGAGCCCAAUGAACAUAAACGAGUUGUCAUUACAAAUAUCAGUCGCCUCGCUGCCUCUGUGGUUGUCCAGGUAUAUUCCCACGUGCUAAAUGUGACCGUUUCUCUCUCCAGGCAUUUUUUUGUAGACUCGUCCUACACAAGCUCCAGUGCCGGUGUGGUUCUGAUAUUGAACCCAGACGCUGCCAAGGCAACUUUCUACGUCAAAGCUGGCGAGGAAGAGGUGUUGGCGACUCUGUUUGCUUUGCCCUACGCAGCUCAAGAUCCAGUACCAGGUGCCUGCAACCUCGAGUUUAUCUUGGACAAUGACCCUAACUUGCACUUGACGUACAAUGUGUAUGAAACUGCUGUAUCAUUUGCACCAGCGAACCUGGGCACAGAUAGAGGGACCUUUCCCCCCGCCUGUGAUGUUGGGACGGACGGGCACACACGGUGGAGGUUGACCUAUGAGCUUUACCAAUACUUUCUACCAGAGAAUGAUCACAGCGAUACAAGUCUGUCAGAUGGGAUGAGCAAAAUGUCAUCUGUACAAAGCAUAAUGGCGAACGGAUUGAAGAUCACCACAAUACAAUCGUCUCAGAAGACCAGGCUCUAUGGAAACUCGUAUGUUGGCAUUGGAGUGAUAUACAAUGUAAUUGUUAGAGACCCUUUGUUAAAGACGUCUGCAGCUUAUGCGCCUGUGUCUACCUACACCUGUGACUUAUCCACCAAAGGAUACGAAUGCAAGCAGUCAGAUGGAAAUUUCAUCUACAUCCAGGUUCUGUGCACUGUGAUUGGCAUCUAUGGUUUAUUGCUCUGCUUGGCUGGCCAUCGGCUGUUUGAAGCAGAAUUCCUCUUCUUUGGAUUCUUGAUCUUUGGAUUCAUGAUCUUUGUGUUGGUCACACGUUACUCUGCACUUGACUUCAUCAGGCGGUUUGCCAUGUUGGUAGGCGGAGGGUUGUUUGGCGGUUUGCUCCUGUCCCUGGUGAGGUGGCGGUUCGAUCGUCCUCUCAUCUGUGUGGCCAUUGUGGGAUUGGUGCUGGGAUUCUUGGUGGCAGCCAUCAUCUUCUUCACUCCACUUGCAAACUUCAGUUUAUUCCACAACGACCUCAACUUUUGGAUGGUAUACGCCUUCAUAACGCUGGUGAUCCCCACAGUUCUGCUUCCGUUUGCUAAAACAUUAAACAUCAUCACCUGCGCACUGGUUGGGUCGUACGCAGUGAUUGUUGCGGUUGGCAUGUAUGUCUACAGCAGCUUGACGUAUAUAAUUCUAAACAUCAUCAAGAGAGCCAUCGAUCCGGAUUUUGCAAUGGUCUACAGCAACGCUCCAUUUCAGCGUACAGAGUACAUCUUGACAUUUGUGUGGGUGUUUUUGGUCAUCAAUGGCACAGUACUGCAGUUUGUUUUGGCAAGAAACAGAUCGACAUUCCCACCUAGUCUGUACCAGAAAUGGAGGAGGAGGAGAAACGCUGCAAUCGGAGAACGAACACCUUUGUUACAACCCCCUGUAAUAUGAAUCCUCGAAGUUUGGUGCGUGAGAUUUCCCCCUUAAUUUCUACAUUGAUAAUCGCACGUGGACAGUGAAGAACUCUGCAGGAAUAACUCUUCAAAAUGGAGAACAAUUUUGUCUUUAAACCUUCAGGAUCACUUAUGGAAUCUCUUUUCGCAGGAGUGUACAAAUGAAUAAAUGUUCUGGUUGCCAUUUGGAUUAAAUAUUCCUUUCUUAGCCAAAUUUUCAAAUAUUGUUAACGAUGAAAGUAAUUGUCUUGUAUCCAAGAAGCAAUAAACUUGGCAUUAAGGUUUUGC